AACUACAGAUUUUAUACAUAUAGAAGCGCGAGUAUCAACUUGUCAACAAAAACGUUAGAAAAAAGUUUUGCUUCUUGAAAUUUAUUUGGAAGAAUUUAAUAUGAGUUUGUCGUUCAGGGCAGAGUUUGCUUUGGAUAAAAGUAAGAAGAAAAAGAAAAGAGAAUUAGCUAAUGAACAGAAACAAGAAAUAAAGGAAGCGUUUGAUUUAUUUGAUACCGAUAAAGAUAGGGCUAUUGAUUAUCAUGAAUUAAAGGUGGCUAUGAGGGCAUUGGGAUUUGAUGUGAAAAAAGCUGAUGUUCUUAAAAUCUUACGUGACUAUGAUAGAGAAGGAAGUGGAAAAAUCACUUUUGAGGAUUUCAAUGAAGUCAUGACAGAUAUGAUGCUUGAAAGAGAUCCCCAAGAAGAAAUUGUUAAAGCUUUCAAGUUAUUUGAUGAUGACAGCUCCGGAAAAAUAAAUCUUAGAAAUUUAAGAAGAGUUGCCAGAGAAUUAGGAGAGAAUAUGACAGAUGAAGAACUUCGAGCAAUGAUAGAUGAAUUUGACAGGGAUGGAGAUGGAGAGAUUAAUGAAGAAGAGUUCUUAGCUAUAAUGACAGGAGAUACGUAAUAUAGCUGACCAUAUUGAUAUUAUACAGGGACUAAUUUUAUAUAAUAAUCAUUGUUAAUCUUUCAUAUUGUUCAUUCAAGUGCGAAGACAACUUCUUAAAAAAAAACAGUUAUUUGAUUAACUCAAAUAUAUUUGUAUUAUUGGAGCGUAAGCUCCCAGUGGGAAAGAAGAUUUUCUUUUUUUCAAUUCAGAUUUGACUAUGUCCAUAUUUCACCCCUGGUUAAUUCUAAGCUAUAUUUAUCAAUGUAGAGAGAUAUCCCUCCCACUUGAAUUAACACAUCAAGAUCCAUUUCACUUAAAGCAAUUGGUCGUCAUAUGCAUUUUUCCAACUACGUCUAAAUCUUCAUGGCUUAAGCAACUCCAAAAAGCACUCAAAUUGAUUAUUUACAUUUAAUUAAGGGACAAGAUAUAUCAACGUUCUUUAAUCUCCCAGUUUUGUUUCUAACAGGUAAGAAAGAGGCCCAUGAAAAUUUUUUAUCGGAUAGGUGGUGCCAGCUUGUUUAUAUAGGAUAUAGAUGAAACAGUAUAGGUUGAAAAUGUCCUAGAUUAUUCAUAAUGGCUCUAAAAAGCAAUUCUUAUUUUUUAUGAAUCCAAUGGUAAAUAUUUUUUUAUGAAUUUUGACUAUUUGGUUUACAGCAGUUUUGACCAUAUCCCAUUUUUAUCACCUGUUGCGAAAUUUCCACUUCAUCCUAUCUUUGUAAUCGGGAGUGUAACAUUCUAAAGGUUCAACUUCCACAAAAUUACUCAACUGGCAAUUAGCAGUUUUAACUGUGUAAUUAAAAAUAUCCUAACUAACAACUACACUGUUCAAAAUGAAAAAAAUGCAUGUAAGUUUUAUUCUAAAAUGUACCCCAGAUAUUUAUUCAACAAUCUUUUUGUCCCACGCAAUUGAAGAUGUCUUGUCCUAUUACAUGUCUAGACUAUCACAUAAAUAACUUAAGAAAAAUAGUCUCUUGCUUAGCUAGCAUUUAAUAUUAUUUGUAUAUUUUAUAUGAGACCUAGUAAUUUGAAUAGGAAACAUGUUGAGGUUACAGUUCAUGACAUGCAUUUUUAGAAAGCCUGCCCUCGAUUUAACGAUGUGAUGUUGAUCAGAAAAUAGUCAACAUAUUCCCAGAAUAUAAAACCAAUCUAAAGCUAGCCAGUAUUACAGUUAUUACAAGAUCUAUUGUUGACCUUAUUUAUGUUUACAUAAUGUACAUUUUAAAUGAUUUACUUACUAUCAUUCAUUAUGAAAUUCUGUUUUCUAGCUCAUGUGGUCUUUUUUAUAUUUAACCACAAUGAUAUCAGUGUGAUACAUCAUUCACUUAUCUUUAUAUUGAACUCUGUUUAAAAUUAGAUACAUUCCUCUCCCAGGGUCUACUGUCUGUGAACUGUUCCUGAAAAUGUCCUUUGUUUUAGGUGCUUUUGUAUUGUUACUUUCAUGAUAACUGUCAUAAAUGAUGGAAGCAUCUGAUAUUUACAUUUUAAGGUCUAUAAAGUUAAGUCUGUGUAUCUCAUUCUUAUCUGAUUAAGUGUGUUAGGUCAAAUGUAUUUUUUUUGUCUCACUUAAAUGUGCUAGUCUUAUGUUUUGUAUUGUUUAGGGGGGUUUUUUUUGUAAUUCAUUGAUCACAUGUUAGUGUUAUUAAUCAAAAUGUUUAAAGAUGUUCAACGUAUUGUUCUCUUAUGCAAAAUCAGAAUUAAAAUAUUCUAUACAUUUUUUAAUAUAAAAUUUAUUUUGUUAUGCCCUUAAUUACUUCUAUCACCCAAUAAUACAUUCUACAGUAGAUAUCGCUUAGGAGAUAUGCUUUACAUGAAUUUGAUUGGUCAAUCAAAAAGGAACUACUUUUUUUAUUUUCAAAGAACAGUUCAUUUUUAUUAAAUGUAUCUUCUUUCUUAUUAAAAAGGAACUAUUUUUAUUGGCCUUGAUGGAAACACUGGGUCAAUAUAAAGGGCUUUGCAAUGGUUGAACUGCUGUCACAAAAUAAUAUAUACUAUUCAAAAAAAGUAGGGGAUAUUUGAUUUUUAAGUGUUAUUAAAGUCACCUAAUGAAACUGACGAAGAAACAAAUGACAAAAUGAAAUGAAGUUCACAUUCAUCGAUUUAUUCCAAAUGAUCGUUAGACUAAGUAAGGCACAGACUAAC